UCAUAAGACAAUUUGCAUUUAAUUCAGUUCGAGCUAAGGUUCGAUGGUGUCUACACGAUUAAAGCCUAAUUAAAAUCAGUUACCGCUAGAUGUCGCCUGUUUACGAAAAAUAUAUCUAUUUCGUAUGAUACUACUGUGAUGAACAUCAUGUUUAUAGCGACGUUGCACGUGCUAAUUUAUCGUAGUUUAAAUAAAAUCGCGUUACCCCUUAAGGUUUUGAGAAAACGGCAAUUCUUUCGAGAACAACAUAUAAACGCAUAUAUGUCUACUAAUAAAAUGCUGACAAGUUUUACAACUAUUGAACGUGGUACACCCAAUUCCCCUGAUUAUAAGCUAUUUUUUCAAAAUGAGAAAAAUCCAAUAUCACCAAUGCAUGAUAUUUCAUUAUUUGCGGAUGAAUCUAAUAAGAUAUUUCACAUGAUUGUUGAAGUACCUAGAUGGACAAAUGCUAAAAUGGAAAUUAAUUUAAUAGAACCAUUAAAUCCUAUAAAACAAGAUAUAAAAAAAGGUAAUCUUCGAUAUGUUGCUAACUGUUUUCCACAUCAUGGUUAUAUUUGGAAUUAUGGAGCAUUACCACAGACAUGGGAAAAUCCUGAUGUUUUAGAUGAAGCUACUGGUUUCAAAGGUGAUAAUGAUCCUAUUGAUGUUUUGGAAAUUGGUUAUAGGGUAGCGAAAAGGGGAGAUGUAUUAAAAGUGAAGGUUUUAGGUGCUGUAGCACUAAUUGAUGAAGGUGAAACUGAUUGGAAAAUAAUUGUUAUUGAUGUAAAUGAUCCACUAGCUAAUCAGAUUAAUGAUGUUACUGACAUAGACAAACACUAUCCAGGCUUACUAAAAGCUACAGUUGAAUGGUUCAAGAUAUACAAAAUCCCUGAUGGUAAACCAGAAAAUCAAUUUGCUUUUAAUGGUGAAGCAAAACCAAGAGAUUUUGCUUUACACGUUAUUGAAGAAGUUCACAAACAUUGGCAGAAUCUCAUUAAGAAAGAAACAAGUGCUGGAAAUAUUUCAUGUACAAAUGUAACUGUCAUAGAUAGCCCAUUUCAAAUCACAAUAAAUGCUGCUAAAGAAGUUGUAGAAAAGGCUUCAGAACUGCAAGAAGCAUUACCUAUUGAUUCUAUUGUCGAUAAAUGGCAUUAUGUUCAUCUUUAAUGAAGAAUUCUACAACCAUAUAUAAAGACUUUACAUAGAUUAUAGCAUUACAACAAAAUAGUUUUGUGAACAUUUGCUAUGUAUUUUAUAUUAUUUUUUAUAAUAAUCAACCGCAAAUACUUACAGUAUUUUAA